AUGGAAAAUAAAACUACAGCAUUGCUGACAGAGUUUGUUCUCACAGGACUCCCAUAUCAACUAGAAUGGCAGAUCCCCCUGUUCCUGGUGUUCAUCACAGUAUACCUCAUUACCAUGGUGGGAAACCUUGGUCUGAUGGUUCUCAUCUGGAGUAACCCUCACCUUCACAUCCCCAUGUACUUGUUUCUUGGGAGUUUAGCUUUUGUGGAUACCUGGUUGUCAUCCACUGUGACACCAAAGAUUCUGGUCAACUUGUUAGGCAAGAGUAAGUUGAUCUCUCUCUCUGAAUGCAUGGUACAAUUCUUUUCCUUUGCAAUCAGUGCCACAGUAGAAUGUUUUCUCUUGGCAGCAAUGGCUUAUGAUCGCUAUGUUGCCAUAUGUAAACCUUUACUUUAUCCAGUUAUUAUGACCAAUAGAAGAUGCAUCCAGCUAUUAGUGUCAUCAUUUGUAGGUGGUUUUAUUAAUUCUUCAGUACAUGAAGGACUUUUAUUCAGAUUAACGUUCUGCAAUUCCAAUAUAAUACACCAUUUUUAUUGUGACAUUGUACCACUGUUAAAGAUUUCUUGUACUGAUACUUCCAUUCAUUAUUUAAUGCUUUUUAUUGUGUCAGGUUCAAUUCAAUUAUUCACUGGUGUGACUGUUAUUGUCUCCUAUACAUUUGUGCUCUUUGCAAUUUUAAAAAAGAGGUCUGUAAAAAGCACAAGGAAAGCUUUCUCCACCUGUGGAUCUCAUCUUUUAUCUGUGUGUUUAUAUUAUGGUAGUCUUGUCUUCAUGUACAUGCAUCCUGCAUCUUCACAAGCGGAUGAUCAAGAUAUGAUGGACUCUUUAUUUUACACAGUCAUAAUUCCUGUGUUAAAUCCCAUCAUCUACAGCUUAAGAAAUAAGAAAGUAAUAGACUCAUUAAUGAAAGCACUAAGGGGAAAUGUUUAG